UGAUUCAAAACUGAAAACAGAAGAAUGAAAAUAAAAGAUAAAAUAAUUAUUCAGAAGUACUACUUAAAUGUCUUCAAUGGAAUUUUCUUGGCUCUGGGUCUUAUGCUUUUGACAUUUGGCCUGUGGCUUUUAUUUGACAGAAACAAUUUAUUCAGUGUGUUAUUUUCUUCAGGCAAGAACCAACUAGCGGCAUUUAUUUCCUAUAUAUUACUUGGAAUUGUAUCUGUUAUUACUUUUACAUCAGCCAUGGGAUUACUUGGAAGUGUUGUGGAAGUCAAAUGUCUACUAGUUACAUAUAUGAGUUUUCAAGUCCUAGUGUUUGUUACCCAUAUGGCAAUACUGCUGCUUAUAUUUGCAAAGAAAGAAGAGGUCCACAAUCAAUGGAACAACAGAAUUGAUGAAGUUAUUUCUGAAUAUGGGAACAAGAGUCUGGCUGAGCAGGAACCUGUGUGGAACAUUCUGAACGCUGUGCAGCACAAUAUGGAAUGCUGUGGAAGAUACAAUGUUACACAGUGGGAAAGGAAUAAAAACAAGGAAAACAGUACUCUGAUCCCAUGUUCAUGCACAAAAUCCAGUCUGAAGAAAUGGUUUUGUGAUGUCCCAAAGGGUUCAAUGUACCGCAUGGGAUGUGAAGAACAUUUAAACACAUGGUUUGAAAACAAUGUUUUGAUCUUAACUGCAAUUACUGUCAGCCUGCUAAUUACACAGGUAAGAGUACUUUUAAGCAAAAACCCCACAAAAUACUGAUAUUCUGCUGGGAGUAAAAGUCAAAUCAUUGCCAUUUGGCUUUGGCACGCUCUCCAAAAUUUUGUAAAGCUUUCCAUCAAUUUUAAGUAGAAGUAAGAUCAAGCACCGUUUACCAACAAACUCCCAUAUAUUCAAGCACCAUCACAGAUGUUGGUGUCCAAAGCUUAUUGAAUGAAAUGUUUGACCUGACUUGUGAAAGCAAAUGGCAUUGCAAGGACAGGAAGCAGUUACAGAAAAU